GAAUGCUAUUCGUGGUUCGAAGUCAAACCAAACACAGCCUAAGGAAUCACUAUAUAAAGGGGGGGUUAGCCAACCUCACUCGGCGAUUGACAAAAGAAAAAACCCGCUCUCUCAGUCUCCGAAUCGAGUGCAACUAGACACCCUUGCGUGCCGCCGCAGUUCCUAGAUCCCGGCCCGUCGAGCCACCAGCAUUAGGUUAAUUUGCCGUCCGUCACCGCCUUCCAGCAGCACCAACCGCCACCGUCAGCCCUCCUUCGCCGCUCGAGCACGAUUUGGCUAUUGAUAGGUUCUAAAAGUAGCCCUUGUAGAAAAUCCCAAUUGUGGAAAUCCACGCCACCAGGUACCAAGCUCAAUGGCGGACUUAGAAAAAUUGCUCCUCGAGGCAGCUGGAAGGACAACCACAUCCGGGAGGAACCGCCAUUCAUCUCCACCGUCUAGAAGGCGGCGAAAAGGCUCAUAUUCCGACGAUGGAAGUGACUCGAAAAACGAAGAAUCUGACGGCGACCGAGGCUAUACAAAUAGAAAGCCAUCAGGCUCGCAGGUGCCUCUCAAGAAGAGGCUGGAUGCCACCGAUAGAGACGAAGAUCGUAGCAGUCAAGAAGGUGAUGAGGAUGAGUAUGAUCAUGACCGUGACAGUGAUAACGAUUCUGUUGGUAGUGACCUGUACAAGGACGAAGAUGAUAGGGAAAAACUUUCGAAGCUCACAGAGCUCGAACGGGAAAUGAUACUCGAAGCCCGUGCGACAAAGAGAAGUGACCGAGAUUUGACCGAGAAAUUGAAAAAGAGAAAGGGCCAAGACAGGAAAGGCAGUAGUCCGCCGAAGACGCACACACGUAACAUGCGGUCGAAAGCUCAAAGAGCUGGCGCGUUGGACGAGUUGGUAAAACGGAGAAGGGAUGCAGCCAAGGGGGGGUCCGGCGGCCGAUACUCACCUGUGAAGAGGAGAUCUUUUGCUGCUGCUGCCGCCACCACCACCGCCUUAAGCAGCCCUAGCAGGAGCGACAGUGGGUCCCACAGCGACGAUGGUGACUCGACAGGUGAUGGUGGACUGGGUGAUAGUGACGACGAUAAGGUAUCGUCCAAGGUGCCUACUUUUGAAGACAUCAAGGAAAUCACAAUUCGGAGGUCGAAACUGUCAAAAUGGUUUAUGGAGCCCUUUUUCGACGAAUUGAUUGUUGGUUGCUUUGUUAGGGUUGGAAUUGGGAAAUCGAGAUCCGGAUCAAUCUACAGGCUCUGCGUUGUACGUAAUGUGGAUGCCACUGACCCUGAUAGGAAGUACAAGCUGGACAACAAAACCACGUCCAAGUGGCUGAAUGUGGUUUGGGGUAGCGAGAGCUCUGCCGCCAGGUGGCAGAUGGCGAUGGUUUCCGAUUCCGCCCCUCAGAGGGAGGAGUUCGAUCAGUGGGUUAAGGAGGUGGAACGGAAUGGGGGCCACAUGCCCACGAAGCAGGAGGUGAUGGAGAAACGGGAUGCCAUACAAAGGACAAACACGUUCGUCUACUCAGCAGCCACCGUGAAGCAGAUGCUGCAGGAAAAGAAGUCCGCUACAUGGCGGCCGCUGAACGUGGCGGCGGAGAAGGAUCGACUGAGGCGGUCCUUGGAGGUGGCAAAGGAGAACGAGGACGACGCUGAGGUGGAGAGGAUCAAGGCGAGGCUGCAGGAGCUGGAGUCUUCACGCCAGGCUUUGGAGAAGAACUCGAAGGCGGUGAAGCUGGCGGAGAUGAACAGGAAGAACAGGGUGGAGAAUUUCAAGAACGCGUCGGAGAUGAAGCCGGUGACUAUUGGCUUGAAAGCAGGGGAGGCUGGGUACGACCCGUUUUCUAGGAGGUGGACGAGGUCGAGGAAUUAUUAUGUGGGGAAUAGUGGCGGUGGGGUGGAGGCUGAGGUGGCGGUUGAGACGAACGGUGGUGGUGGUGCUGCUUUGCCUGGUUUGGCGGCUACAGAGGCGGCGCUAGUGGCAGCAGCUGGUGCGGGGAAGUUGGUGGAUACGAUGGCUCCAGUUGAUCAAGGGACUGAAUCGAACCUGCUGCAUAACUUCGAGCUGCCGAUUUCGUUAGCUGUGCUACAGAAGUUUGGUGGGCCACAAGGAACACAGGCUGGGUUUAUGGCUAGGAAACAGAGGAUUGAAGCUACUCUUGGGGUUAAAGUUCCGGAGAAUGAUGGAAGAAGACAUGCGUUGACUUUGAGUGUCAGUGACUACAAGAGGAGGAGGGGACUUCUGUGAGUAUACCUAUCUGCAAAUUUUGCACCAUGCACCAUGCAACUUUUUUUUUUUUUUUUGUUCUCUAAUAUUUUUUUUAAUUAAUUAAUGAACUCAUGUACACUAAGCUGGAUUGGUUUGUGAUGCUUAUUAUUAACUCUUGUGUUAGCAUGUGAUGUGGUACUCAAAAUCGUGAUUUAUAUCCAUGAUUUAGUUAUGUAGAAAAAUAUUUAAUUUGCA